GCCAGGCAGAACCCAUGGGUCAAGCUGUGAAGCGCGAAGAAACACCAGUAGUGUCCAGCUCCCGGGCACCCUCGUCCAGUCCAACAAACUCGGUCUCACCCACUACAACAGAACUAGUGACAGAUACCGACCAGCUCUCUGCCACAGAAACGGUACCCUUCAACACACCCUCCCCGACCGGCGCCCACCCAUCACCAACUAUUCCCCUUGCCACCUCCUCACCAUCAACAGAAUCCCCAAAUCAACUUGAAACCGGCGUGAAGAUAGGCAUAGCCGUCCUGGCCGCCAUCCUAUCCCUCGCGCUUCUCGCCUUCCUCCUCGAAUCAUGCUAUCUUCGUCCUCGCCGCCGAGAACAAGCAAUGCAGCGCGCUGUACAAGAGGUCGAGAAUGGGGAGCGAGCGGAACGGGCGCUAGCGGAGCUCAAAAGCAGUCAAGAGAUUGUGGUGUUGGAGAGUAGGGUGUCAAUUCACUUCGACGAUGGGGAUGAGGGGUAUGAAGGGGAGGAGAGCGAGGGUGAGGAGUGGGAGAGAGGAAGGACGGACGGGAGGAACGGGAUGAGUUUAGCGAGGAGAGAGUACUGAAAGCAAGGUGGACUGUCCGGAAUACGUGGGGGUUUCUCAUGCGGAGGGGACAAGUUUGCGGCUGGAGACGAUGGUCACCAUGAUGAGUGGUGGUAGAAUGUGUAAGUUUCAGUGUUUCAAUGUGUAUGCGCAAGUUUCCGUAGCGUAUUUGCGAUUCGA